AUGUGCAAGCACAUCCUCAACGCACAGGUGUCGAUCCGUGCACCUUGUUGCCAAAAGUUCUUCGACUGCCCGGAAUGCCACGCCGAAUCGCAAGACCACGGGCUGCGCAAGACGGUCGAGAUGGCGUUCAUCUGCAAAAAGUGCCGCAAGGCGUUCCGCAAGGACCUCACGCAGUACGAAGAGUCGGACGAGUUCUGUCCGCACUGCGACAACCACUACGUGAUCGAGGCCAAGACGCCACAAGCAGUGCUGCAAGUUGAGGGCGAGGAUGCACGAGUCGACAACCGAAUGUUGCGCGACGACCGCAUCAAGUACGACCCGCGCAAGGACUUCUACUACCGCCGCGUGGCAGCGCAGGAGACGGAGCGCAUCGACGAAGGUGGCUGGCUGCAGGCGAUCAAAGACCGUGCUGCGGGAAAGCUCGGUCCUGACGGUCUUCCCAUCGAUGCCGCAGGCCCCGUGGGUGCAGAUGGCAAACCGCUGCUGGAUACGUCGGCACUUGCGGGUCCAGGCGCCAAGCCACAGUGGAACAAGUUCAACGACGAUGAUCUCGACUGGUCCUAG